GAAGAAGAAGUUGUUGGAGGAGGAAAUAUCUCUAAGGCAUUAGAAUGUAGAGGUGAUAAAGGGAAAGAAUUGCCCUGGAGGAUUGACUUGUUUCCGCCCUCCCUUUUCUUAGCCAGGGCCUUGUUGCUGCCAUGACUGAGGAGAGUGAGGAGACAUUCCUGUAUAUUGAGCAUCGCUAUGUCUGCUCUGAGUGCAACCAGCUCUAUGGAUCCUUGGAGGAGGUGCUUGUGCACCAGAACUCUCACGUGCCCCAGCAGCACUUUGAGCUGGUGGGCGUGGCUGACCCUGGAAUCACGGUGGCCACAGAUGCAGCAUCAGGUACAGGCCUAUAUCAGACCCUCAUACAGGAGAGCCAGUACCAGUGUCUCGAGUGUGGGCAGCUGCUUCUGUCGCCUAGCCAGCUCCUGGAGCACCAGGAGCUGCACCUGAAGAUGAUGGCCCCCCAGGAGGCAGUGCCAGCUGAGCCACCACCCAAGGUGCCCCCCUUAAACUCCAGCACCAUUCAUUACGAGUGUGUGGAUUGUAAGGCUCUCUUUGCCAGCCAAGAACUGUGGCUGAACCAUCGGCAGAUGCAUCUCAGGGCCACGCCCACCAAGGCUCCUGCCCCAGUUGUCUUGGGGUCCCCAGUUGUCUUAGGCCCGCCUGUGGGCCAGGCCCGAGUGGCUGUGGACCAUUCAUACCGAAAAGCAGAGGAAGGUGGAGAAGGGGCUGCCGUCCCGUCUGCAGCUGCCGCCACUACUGAGAUGGUGACAGAGGUGGAGCUGCUCCUGUACAAGUGCUCUGAGUGCUCCCAGCUCUUCCAGCUGCCCGCCGACUUUCUGGAGCACCAGGCCACCCACUUCCCUGCCGUCCCAGAGGCUGAGGAGCCUGCUGCAAAGCAGGAAACCCUGAUCCCCUCACCCACCGAGGUGCCAGUGUCUCUGCCUGAGCCCCUGCCAGCCUCUGACCAUAGUUACGAGCUGCGCAAUGGGGAGGCCAUUGGACGGGAUCGCCGGGGGCGGAAGCCCCGGAGGAACAACAAUGGAGAGCCCAGUGGGUCAGCCACCCAGGAACUCUUUUGCUCAGCCUGUGAUCAGCUCUUUCUCUCGCCCCACCAGCUACAGCAGCACUUUCGGAGUCACCAGGAGGGUGUCUUUAAGUGUCCCCUGUGCAGUCGUGUCUUCCCCAGCCCUUCUGGUCUGGAUCAGCACCUUGGUGACCACAGCAGUGAAUCUCAUUUCCUAUGUGUAGACUGUGGCCUGGCCUACGGCACAGAAGCCCUUCUCUUGGCCCACCGGCGAGCCCAUACUCCAAAUCCUCUGCAUUCGUGUCCCUGUGGGAAGACCUUUGUCAACCUUACCAAGUUCCUUUAUCACCGGCGUACCCAUGGGGCAGGAGGUAUCCCUUUGCCCCCAGCACCAGUUCUGCCAGAGGAGCCCGCUGUUAGCUUUCCUGAGCCAGCCCCUGCAGAGACUAGAGAGCCAGAGGCCCCAGAGCUCCCCACAGCUGAGGAGAAUCCAGCAGAGCCUCCGGCUCCGGGCAUUUACCGCUGCCUCCUGUGUAGCCGUGAGUUUGUCAAGGCAUUACAGCUGACCCGGCACCAGCGUUUUGUGCACAGGCUGGAACGGCGCCAUAAAUGCAGCAUUUGUGGCAAGAUGUUCAAGAAGAAGUCUCAUGUGCGGAACCAUCUGCGCACACACACCGGGGAACGUCCCUUCUCCUGCCCUGACUGUUCCAAGCCCUUCAACUCACCUGCCAACCUGGCCCGCCACCGGCUCACACACACAGGGGAACGACCCUACCGGUGUGGGGACUGUGGCAAGGCUUUCACUCAGAGCUCCACUCUGAGGCAGCAUCGUCUGGUGCAUGCCCAGCAUUUCCCCUACCGCUGCCAGGAGUGUGGACUGCGUUUUCACCGCCCUUACCGUCUGCUCAUGCACCGCUACCACCACACAGGCGAGUACCCCUACAAGUGUCGAGAGUGCCCCCGCUCCUUCUUGCUGCGCCGGCUGCUAGAGGUGCACCAGCUUGUGGUCCAUGCUGGGCGCCAGCCCCACCACUGCCCAUCCUGUGGGGCUGCCUUCCCCUCCUCGCUGCGGCUUUAUGAGCACCGCUGUGCAGCCGCCGCUGCCCAGGCCCCACGGCGCUUUGAGUGUGGGACCUGUGGCAAGAAAGUGGGCUCUGCUGCUCGACUGCAGGCCCAUGAAGCUGCCCAUGCUGCUGCUGGUCCUGGAGAAGUCUUGGCUAAGGAGCCCCCGGCGCCCAGGGCCUCACGGGCCACUCGCACACCGGUCACUCCCUCCCCAACAGCCCUUAGUGGUGCAGCCUCUGCGGCCCCUGCGGCCCCUGCCCGGCGGCGUGGCCUGGAAUGCAGUGAGUGCAAGAAGCUGUUCAGCACAGAGACAUCACUGCAGGUGCACCGACGGAUCCACACAGGUGAGCGGCCGUACCCAUGUCCAGACUGUGGCAAGGCCUUCCGCCAGAGUACCCAUCUGAAAGACCACCGGCGCUUACACACAGGUGAGCGGCCCUUUGCCUGUGAAGUGUGUGGCAAGGCUUUUGCCAUCUCCAUGCGCCUGGCAGAGCAUCGCCGCAUUCACACGGGUGAACGGCCCUACUCCUGCCCUGACUGUGGCAAGAGCUACCGCUCCUUCUCCAACCUCUGGAAGCACCGCAAGACUCACCAGCAGCAGCAUCAGGCGGCAGUGCGGCAGCAGCUGGCCGAGGCCGAGGCCGCUGUGGGCCUGGCCGUGAUGGAAACGGCAGUGGAGGCCCUGCCCCUUGUGGAGGCCAUUGAGAUCUACCCUUUAGCAGAGGCUGAGGGGGUCCAGAUCAGCGGCUGACCGGCCCCCAUUUUCCUCAGUAUCACCUCAGACAGCCCCUUAAAACCUGUGUACAUAUUGUACCCCUCUCCUCUCUACCACCAUAUAAGUUCUGUAAUGAAAUUUAUUCUCCUUUCUCUUUUCUGAGGGUGUUGCUCUGAGGUCCUUGAUACAUAAAGGACCCCUCCCCCUCUCCCCACCUUCCACCAGUUUGGUGGUCUCAAAAUGAAGCAGUCAAUAAAGACUGAGUUGGACAUUUA